AUGGCUGUAGACCUUGAGAAGGAAGGAAUGUGCCCAUCUCGAGAUUACCCUUUCCCGCAGCAGUGUCGUCGUGAAUGUGAUAGGAGGACGUGUGCACGUUGCCCCCUGGUUCAACCAUGUGACAAAGAAGCUCGUGUCGCCGACUGGGGAACAUUCUACUACUACAAUGUGGCCAGCGGAGAAUGUGUAGAGGUCCCUGGAGGAACGUGUAACAACAACCGCAAUAAUUUCUACACCCGUGACCAGUGCGAGGCAUUCUGCAACAGGGAUAAGGUCUGUCAGCCACUGACGUACAACUCAGAGGUGCGAUGCCUUGCCUACAUGGAGCGCUGGACGUACACCCCCAGCACAGACGCCUGUGAACAGUUUGUGUACGGUGGGUGUGGUGGUAGCGCCAACAGAUUCGACACUCAAGUGGCAUGUGAGAGGAAAUGCAGGCGACAGCUUGUAACCAGGCCUGUCUCUACAACAUCACAGCCUAGACAAGAAACCAGAGCUGAGGUGUGUGCUAUGCCAGAAGAGGGGGGUAAUUGCCUUGCGUACAUCCAGAACUGGCGCUACGACAGCACAGCAGGCAAUUGUGUGCAGUUUGUGUACGGCGGAUGUGGAGGCAACAGCAACAACUUCAAGACGAAGGAAGAGUGUGAACGCUUCUGCAGCAGACAGGUGGUAUGUCAGCGGUUUGAGGAGCCAGAGGUCAGCUGCCUGGCCAACAUUCCCCGCUGGAGGUACAACCCAGACUCGAGAACUUGCGAGAACUUUGUGUACGGUGGUUGCGGCGGGAAUGCCAACAAUUUCAACUCUAUUGAGGCGUGCGAGGGCAUGUGCUUGCAGCGUGAUGAUGAUCGUACUGCCAACAGAGACAGCAGCAACAGGGUGUCAUCUUGGGAAGGUAUUUGUCGUCUGCAAGCAGACGUUGGGCCAUGCAAGAGCUCUCAGACCCGCUGGCACUACAACCCGAUCACCCAACUUUGUGAGACCUUCACGUAUGGCGGUUGCCUAGGUAACCACAACAACUUCGAGUCGCAGGCGCAGUGUAUGACGUACUGUGAUUCCUCCCGCUGGGCUCACAACGUGCGAACUGCGGCCCCCACUGCAGCCCCCACCGACCCCGAGCCUGACAUUGAGGGCAGUGGGGACAUCGAUGAAGUCAUCACUGGUGUUGAUGUAUGUUCCUUGGACAGAGACAGUGGUUCAUGCCGUUUUGCCUCUCGCAAAUGGUUUUAUAACCACAGAGAGGGCAAAUGUGAAGAAUUUGUUUAUGGAGGUUGUGAAGGCAACCAGAACAGGUUUGAAAGCCGUGAAGAAUGCGAAAGCCAGUGCAAUCCAAGAGAUAUCUGUAUGCUUUCAUCCAAGACUGGAGUCUGUCGAGCAAGUAUUCCUCGCUUUUACUUCGACUACGCAGCUCAAGAAUGUCGGCAGUUUGUGUACGGUGGUUGCCAAGGAAAUGCUAACAAUUUCGACUCAAGAGAUGUGUGCAUGUCACGCUGCAGCUCCUUGCUUAGAGAUCGGCCUGAAGACCUUGAGAAGGAAGGAAUGUGCCCAUCUCGAGAUUACCCUUUCCCGCAGCAGUGUCGUCGUGAAUGUAACAGGGACUUGCAAUGUCCGGGAAACAAAAAAUGCUGCGCUCUUGGUUGCAGUGUUUUGUGUAUUGAGCCUGCCAUCAGUGUUCGCCCAAUACAGCCAAAAGUGAAGGCUGGAUAUUGUCCACCGCGGACUGACUGGAAGGGACUGCUAGGUGCAUGUGCACCAGCUUGUUCUGAUGACUCCAGUUGCCCGGGACAACAAAAGUGUUGCCAUCAUGGAUGUGGUGUCAGAUGUGUAGAUGCUCUGGAUGAAGAGCCAUAAAAGAUGCAAGCACCUGUGCGAAUCGAGGUGACCGUCAAGGGACCGAACUCUGUCAAGGUCAGGUGGUAUGACCCGACUCUGGCCGCAGAUCAGCUCAUCAGAGACCGUCGCUACUACACCGUUCGGUACCACUCGUUC